CUUUGCAGUUCUUGCAUUGAGAAGAAGCCACAAAAAACGAGAAAAAAAAGAAGGGUGGCCUGUGACUGAGUGUUCCUCAUUGCUCUUUAAGAUGGAGGCGGUGAAGCCAUGGGAAGAGGUAGAAGUAGAAGUAGACGAAGACGCUUUGAGAGGAAGAAUGCCACGUCAGCACACGGCAAAUACUACUAUUACCACCACUACAAUUACUACUUCCAAGGAUGUUGAUGAUGAUGAUGAUACUAGAAGUGGGAAAUCCUCUGAGAGAUCUUCCAGUGAUGAUGAAGCUAAUAAUAUUGGAAAUCCAACAAAUGGAGUUUCAGUUUCUCACGGCGAAAAUGGAGAUACCAAAUCCACAAAUGGGCACUCGGGAUUGGACAACCGGUACGACGGUUUUCUUGUUUCCGAGGGAAAUCCUGCGGAUCAGACAUUGGAGCUGGAAACAAACGGAUCGAAGUUUGAGAAAAUUGAUGUAGUCAAGGUCGAAGUUGAGAACGAUGGCUUGCCUGAUUUGACUCCUUCAGCUUCUUCUUCUUCUGCCCAGAAGGAAAAUGGAAAGUAUGUUUCUCUAAGCAAUUGUGGGACGAGUGAACGUGAGGACGCUAUUACGAGAAGCAGAAUUGAAGAAGAAGAAGAAGAAGAAGAAGAAGAAGAAGAAAAAGAAGAAGAAAAAGAAGAGGAAUUGGAUAUUGAAAGGUUGUAUAAUAGGCAAGGUCAACAUGAGUUUGUGUGUCCUAAUUGCAGGGCGUGUAUCACGAAGGUUCUUGUUCGCCAGAGAGCUCCACCCCCUCCUGAUAGAGUUCGAUGCACAUCCUGCUUCAGUUUCCUCACUCUUGCAGGCAAGAUCUUCUGGCCAGACCCAGACAGUGACCGGGAAAACACUAACAAUCUAGAAGAGCAACUUUUACCUGAUCACUUCCGUGAACCACAGCGUGAUCAGAGUGGCCAAGCUGCACCAAGCAAAACUCCAGUGGCUAGACAGCCUGUAGCAGCUACUGCAACAACUCAACCCCUAGAACGUAACUCUGAAAUACAAUCUCAUCAAAAUAAUCAAGCUUCAUCAGCAGUUGAAACUCCAGUGCUAGAAAAACCGAUUGGAGCUGUUGUAUUUACAGAAGAUAAACCAUCUUCAAACGAUCCCAACGACAUUACUGGACUUCAAGAGCAAGUUCCAUCAAGAAGUGUAACUCCAGUACCUGAACAGCGAAUUGGAACUGAAGUAAAUACUACUAAACCAUUGCCAAAUAUUUCAGACAACAUUACCGGAGUUCAAGAGCAAGUUCCAUUAAAUGACUCAAAUGGAACAUUGCAUGACAAGAAGCCCUCGGCGUUCAAAUUAGCUGGAGCCAUUAUGUCCGGAACAAGCAGAGGUUUCAGACGCAAAGUUGAAAAUAAUGUUACAGAAAAAGUUCCGUCGCUUGAAACAAAGAGACCAGAGCUAGAUGAUCCAACAACUCCGUUGCUUGCCCCUGAGGUAACUGUGACUGUAACAACUAAGGCUCCAGCACCUGGAAUAAAUUUAACUGUUUCAACAGGACAACUCUCCAUUCAUGAAGGAGUAGUUCCUGGUGGAAUUCGUCCAAAUGUUCCAGGGGAAGAAGACGCUGAAGGUCUUCUUGAUACGAGAAUCCCUAUGCCAACAGGAGAACUGAUAUUGGUUCCUACACCCGACAGUUCUAAAUCAUGGGAGAUCCUAAAAGCCAUCGUAUAUGGUGGUUUAGCUGAAUCAAUUGCAAGUUUAGGCAUUGUGACUUCCGCAGCUAGCGGCAACGCAACCACAUUGAACAUUGUAUCUUUGGCGUUGGCAAAUCUGCUUGGUGGACUAUUCAUUAUUGUUCAUAAUAUUUGGGAACUGAAAGAUGAUCAAUCAAGAGUGCCCUGCAGUCGCACUAAUGAACAAGUGGAUCGAUACGGAGAAGUACUUGGAAAGAGACACAAUUUCAUCCUCCAUGCCUUUGUUGCCAUGCUAUCAUUCAUUAUUUUCGGAUCAGUACCUCCUGUGGUCUACGGUUUCACGUUUCGUGAGACCGAUGACAAGGACCUCAAGCUUGCAGCAGUUGCAGUUGCCUCACUCGUAUGCAUCACGUUACUGGCGGUUGCAAAGGCCCAAGUCCAGAAUCCACACAAAUAUUUCAAAACCGUGUUUUACUAUUUUGUGAUUGCUCUUGGGGUCUCCGGUGUUUCAUUCUUGGCAGGCGAGUUUAUCCGCCAACUAAUGGAGAAGAUCGAGUCCUCCGAGUUGAUUCCAGCUUUUACUCCGCCUCUUCUUGGGAUGGCCACAGAAAAACGCCCAUGGAGUUCCUAUUGACGUGUUAGGCCGGCCGUAGAAUUUUUGUAGUAAUUGUUUUGUCGUUGAGUUCAUGUUCUAAUGUUGCGGAGCUCCUACAAAAACUCCUCUCUUUUUUUUUCUCUCUAAUAAACUGCAGUUUUCUCCUGUCCUUUUUUUUUUUUUUUGGUCUUUCUUUCGUUGAUGGAUGGUUUGGAAGGAAUAAAUGAAUCCUACGAUAGAAGAAUAGAGGAAUUCGAGUGGCGUCAUGACUCUCAUGAGAACAGAAAAUUGAGGACGUUUGUAGUUGGGGGGACAGUACUACACUGCAAUGUAAGGGUUUUGUAAACAUUACUGAGUUGGUUCUCAAGUUGUGUUUCCUGUUGUUCUUUUAUACUUCUUGCAACACUUCUUUGCUUCGA